AUGGCAGACACCGACAUAUAUGUGCCUGAUGAGAUUGUCAACAACAUACUUUUUCGGUUGCCUACAAAAUCUUUGACCCGGUUCAGAUGCGUAGCUAAACAAUGGAACCGUUUGAUCUCAGACCCUGACCUCAUGAAGUCCUUAUCACGUCGAAAAAUCUUUAUCCCGGGCCAACCUAGUUGUCAGAUGAUAGAAAAAAUUAAACGAAUAACUGUUGGUGGAAUAACUGUUGGUGGAACAACCAAUGGAGUGUUAAAAAAGGUCCCCAAGCAACCUUUUAUCAACAUCAUCAUUGUAGCGUUUGGAUUGGGUCAUGGUGCAACCCAAGACGAUGUAAAGAUUGUGACAUUACUCGGUCCUAAUCGGUCAAAUAAGACCAGUAGCUCAUUUUUAUCUUGGCGUGUCUUCAGUGUUAAGAACCAAUCAUGGAGCACAAUGUCAGAAUCAUCUAUCGGGUACUUUGAGUUUUCUGAUCGUUCUGGCACUUUUUUAAAUGGAUUCUUGUAUUGGAAAUUCCACAAGGAUCCCUAUAUGACAAUAUUGGCUCUAGAUAUGAAGGAGAAGAAGUUAGUGGAGAUGGAAGUUCCAUACGAUGAUUGUAGAAUGCGUUAUGCUACUAUGGGUACCAUAAAUGGAUGUCUUUGCUUGCUGAUUUACUAUAAAGGUUUGGAACUUGAUGAAUAUGAGUUAUUGGUAAUGAAGGACCAUGGUAUAUGGGAAUCACGUUUCAAAGGAUGCUGGCCGUCAACAGUACUUUCAAGGAUGAAAUCUGAAGCAUUCCUCGUAAUGUGUUAUCUGGAUGAAGGGAAAUUUAUUAUGAAGAAUCUCGGCGACAACACAUUUCUGAUUGUUGACCUGGUGAAAGAUUCAUUUAAACGCAUUAUUUUCUACACGGAUCCUAACCAAUUUUCUCCAAAAGAAGCCAUAGAAUAUGUGGAGAGUUUUUGCAGCAUCUGA